CUCCUGUUUCAGAACCAAUGGCCACCGCCGUGCUCCGCUGCCCGCUGCUCGCCUCGCCUCUCCCGGCCGCCGGCGGCGCCGCCGCCGCCUCGUGCUCCGGAUCCUCUCGCCACUCGCGCGUCCACAUACGGCGGCGAAGGUGCCCGGGUCCCCCGCUCGCCGUCUCCUCCGACUCCUCCAAGCCCCUCGCCUCCUCCUCGACCGGCGGCGGCGGCGACCCCGACGAGGAGCCCGUCCUGCCCCUCCUCCAGGAACUCGCGGAUUGCUUGGCGCUCCCGCCCAAAUUCCUGUCCCUGCUGCCCCGCGACCUCCGCCUCGAUCUCAAUGACGCGGCAUUCGAUCUCUCCAACGGGCCUGUUCUCAACGAGUGUGGCCAAGAGGUCGGUGACCUGCUGCUGGACCUGGGAAAAGCAUGGGAGAUGGCUAACACAGAAGCAUCAAACAACCUUGCCAAGCAGCUGCCGUCGAUGGCGCCCUACUUGACCGCCAGCGCGAAAUCAGCAUUUGGCAAGCGGCUGGCAUCAGCCGGAAAGAAGUUUCAGACUAUGGGGCAGUAUGGCAAUGGAGAGUUCAAGAAGAUUUCUGAAACAAUGAUCAAGAUCGGUAAGGCUCUGUCGAAACGCCCAGUGAUUCAAGCUGAAGUACAGGCCAUGAAAGAAAAAAGAAAGCUGAAGUUUGCAGGAGCUGAAUUCGAAUUGACAGCGCAAAAUGCGUACAUCGGUGCUGCAGUUGGACUAGUUUUCGGGUUCUUCUCCUGGCAGCUGGCCCAAGGCGUGCAAAGCAGUCCAGACGACAGCCAGUUCUUCUUUUUCUUUCCGAUGCAGCCGCUCAAGGUCCCGCUGCUGCUCCUCGGCUACACUUCGACGGCCCUGUCCGCGGCCGCGGCGGUGGGGCUCGUGGUGCUGGCCCUGCAGAUGAACCCCGAGGACAAGUCGGACUAACUGAACCGCCCUCCCUUCGGUUUCUGAAACCGCGGACCUCGUGUGGCGCGUAACACCCCCUGGGAAGACUGUGAUGGUGCCCUGAGUUGAAUGAAUCCUCUGCUGCCCCCUUGAAAAUAAAAAGGAUCGGAACGCGCGCUGAUGUGUGGACCUGUGGAGCGUUUUGUAUGUACAGAUAAUGAAGUGUUGUGUUGUUCGUCUGAAAACCAGUCUGUGUUCUUCAAUCAAAUGAAAAAGCUGAAACACCUUGGCCCUGUCUA